AUGUCCUCCAACCUACCAACCGCCGCCGACUCCACCCAUUCCCCGGCCGCCGACUCCACCCAUUCUCCGGCCGCCGUCACGGAAGCUCCAGCCCCGCCGCAACCCCAGCCGCACCAUGCUCCGCCGUCGCCGUUCUCCCCCGUGCCCGACGAGACGGAACCCCCAGUCCAUCCCCAUCCCCCGCCCCAGCAGCACCACCCUUCGCCGCCGUCCUCCCCUUCCGCGGCCGACGAGACGCAAUCCCCAGUCCAUCCCCCCCAGACCCCGCCGCAACCCCAAGCCCAACCUUCAUCGUCGUCCUCCCCCUCCACAGCCGAGACACAAACCCCACCCCAGCCCCAGCCCCAGCCGGCCCAUUCGUCGCCGCUUCCUUCAGGGGACGACGACGACGUGGUCAUCACGGGAGCGUCCGAUGGGGCGGACGGUGCUGCGGCGGCGGAUGAGCGCGUCAAGGGGCCGUGGUCGGUGGAGGAGGACGCCCUGCUAACCAAUCUGGUCAUGACUCACGGGCCCCGUAACUGGACCCUCAUUGCGCAAGGGAUCGCCGGCCGCUCCGGCAAGUCCUGCCGCCUCCGCUGGUGCAACCAGCUCGACCCUCAAGUCAAGCGCAAACCCUUCACUGAAGAGGAAGACCAAAUUAUAAUGAAUGCUCACACAGUUCAUGGGAACAAGUGGGCAUCUAUCGCCAAGCUUUUGGUUGGGAGAACUGACAACGCGAUCAAGAACCACUGGAAUUCUACUCUGAGGCGCCGCUACUGCACUGGCGGCCAAUGCGCACGAGGAACUUCCGCGGAGCAACCUUAUGCAGAGAUGCCCAGGGCUGUUUCAGCGGAACCGUGGCCAUUAUCAUGCCCUAGUUCCUUCAAUGUUACGGAAAUAAAGGAAGCUCCUGUGCAAACGGUAUCUGAAAGCUCUGCUGUGCCGUUGCAAACCAGAGCUAAUAAUAGCAGUCCCUCAAAAAUAAUCAGAGUUAAUAACAGUUGUAGCACUGAAGUUGUUGAUCAGCCACACCUGGUCCGACCAGUUGCUGUGCUAGGUGCUUUCAGACCAUACAGUAUUGGACCUGCUCAAUCAAUGCAAAUGGAAAGGUCAAGUUCUACCAAGUUUGUCUCAACCAUUCAAGCUGUCACGCCUGAGACUGCCGUUUCCAAGUUUGCUGAUACUACAUGCUUUGCUGCUGACGUGCCAAACAAAUGUGGGCAUGGUUGCUGCGGCACUAAGAAGCGACCUCGUGGCAACUCAUUAUUGGGUCCUGAGUUUAAUGACUUUGAAGAUCAUCCCCCAAUUCUGAGCAGUAAUCUUGCUUCGCUGGUAUCUGAAAUUAGCAGCAUUGCCUGGAUGAACAGCAGUUUGCAAAGCAGUGGCACUGGCAACUUGUUUCAGUCUAAUCCUUCAUCCUGACAAAUUAGGAAUCAUGCGAGUUGGAAUACUGAAAUAUUGGCAGUUGUAAUGUUCAGACCUAAUCAAGUCAUCAGGAUUAUACUCCACCUGCAGAUUCAA